AUGGGCGGGAGUGAGGGAGCCAGGGACGCCGCGUGCCGCAGCGCAGGGCGCCACCCACGCUUCCUCCCCUUGGCCUCCCGCGGCGCCCCAUAUCGAUGCACGCCCGCGCGGCUCCCGAGCAGCUACCUGACGCUCGACACGGCGGUGCUUUGCGUGAUGCACACCGCUGAGGACGUGGGCAAGGCGGCGCUGCUGAUUAUAUGCGUGCUCAGCGGCUACGCGCUCCCGCUGCCGCCGGGCACGAGCUUUGUGGAGCACUUCGGAGUCAAAGUGGAUGCGCUUAUGGCCGUCUGCGAGCAGCUCAAGCUCUGCUUCUCCCCGGACGCACCCGGGGCGGCGCUGACCGACGGCGAGCUCCGCGCGUGGGCGCUGAAGCGCGCGCCGGGGGAGCGGUGCGCCGCCGGCAAGGGUGCCGACGCGGCCGCCGAGGCGGGCGGGGCGCCGGCUGUAGACAGCCCGCCGACGGCGCACGACAGCGCGUCGAGCCACCACAUGGCCGCGGGCACCGCGCAGGCCAGCCGCAAGCGCGGGCUCGACGGCGGCGCCGGGUCCGGCGAGCAGCAGCAGCAGCAAAAGCAGCAGCAGCAGCAGCAGCAGCAGCAGCAGGCGCACGCCGCUGCCUGGGCAGGGGACGGCGGCGGCGGGGACGCCAAACGGGUCCGCGUGUGA